CAAAAAUAUUUCAUCAAUCAAUUAAAAAAAACAAGCAUUCAUCAAGUAGUACUAUUAUCUAACACCCCCCUCUCCUCCCACUCUCCCAAAACCCUCCCUAAAUUCAUUCACAAACUCAGAAAGAAUCACAUUCUCUCUCCUCAACUUGAAGUUACGAUGUCCAGCAACAAAGAAGAAGGUCCUCUAAGCUUCUCAAACCCUUCAUCAUCUUCUCCAAUCACACUCUCAGUCUCAGAAGGUGACAACAACUCGAGUAACAGUUACCUCAUUGAACCCCAGAUUGGGAGUGGUUCAAACAGCUUUCAGAGCGACAAUAUUCUCUACGAUGUUGGCGGAAGUAACAUCAACGACCCUGACUUUGGGUUUCUUAGACCUGAUUUUCGUCAAAAUGUGUUAUUGGGAAGUGUGCAAUUCUAUGAUCGACAUGUUUUUCUUUGUUAUAAGAACCCCAAAAAUUGGCCCCCUCGUAUUGAAGCUGCUGAAUUUGAUCGCUUACCUAGGCUACUUUCUGCUGCUUUAGCUGCUCGUAAAUCUGAUUUGAACAAGGAGACCCGCCUAACGAUCUGCGAAGGACGUGAUGGAACUGAAACAUCAAAUGGAGAUGUAUUAAUCUUCCCAGACAUGAUCAGAUACAGGAGAUUGACACAUUUUGAUGUUGAAACUUUUGUUGAAGAAGUUCUUAUUAAAGACGGUGAAUGGCUUCCUGGGAACCCAGAGAAGCUGAAAGGCUCGUAUAUUUUUGUUUGUUGUCAUGGUAGCCGAGAUCGACGUUGUGGUGUGUGCGGACCUCCUUUGGUCGCUAGAUUCAAGGAAGAGGUAGAUUUGCAUGGUCUUCAAGGAAAAGUCUCCAUUAGCCCAUGCUCCCAUGUUGGUGGUCACAAAUACGCCGGAAAUGUAAUAAUAUUUGGAUCCAGGGUUGAUGGGGAAGUCACUGGGCACUGGUAUGGAUAUGUUACACCAGAAGAUGUGCCUAAUUUGCUUGAACAACAUGUUCUGAAGGGAGAAAUCGUGGAAUGGCUGUGGAGGGGUCAAAUGGGUUUAUCCGAGGAUGAUCAACAAAGAGCCCAAGAGUUGAGGCUCCACAAUAGAGAAGGAAAUAUUACAGGAACAAGUGGAAAGUUCUCUUCUGAGCUGCCGGACAUUAAUUCUCCGACAUGGGGAUCUCAUUUGGGGUCUAACGGCUGUUGCCAGGCCAAUGGAGAUGCUGCAUGUUGUCAAAAUCCUACAUCAGCAGAAAAGGAGGAUAAUUUUAAUAUCCAUGAUGGAGAGGUAAAAGUAGCUAACGGGAAGAAGGGUAAAAAGCUUUUAAAAAAUAACAGCUAUAAUGGAUCUGGGAAGCGGAAGGUAUGCGCUAUGCCUUCAUGGUUCGAGAGCUGGGAACGUGAAGAUACAUAUGCAACCCUUGCAAUUGUCUGUGCUGCUGUCUCAGUUGGUGUCGCAUAUAGUUGCUACAAGCAACUAUAAAUCGAGCGUUGCCACCUUUUGAACGGUAACAGCUUCAGCCUUCAUGUUGUAAUAUUAGUAUUGACCCAAUCGGUCCUUUAUGCAGCUAAAUGCGUUGUGCAUAGACAUUAUAAAGAGGAGAAUGCAAUGUGAAAUGUGCAGUCAGCAUUCUUUUAUCUUUUUUAAUCAGAUAUGAAGAUUUGUAAUGUAAAUGGAUUAUUUGUAAAUAUGUUAUUGAUUUAUUAAUGGAAUAUGGUUUUCAGUCCA